CAGUAAUCCAAAUCCUGCAGACUAACAAAACGGCUGUCACUCGCCGUAAAUAACACGCAAAGACAUCAAUGAUGAAUUGCACCACAAAGAAGGCAGAUGCUGCCAUCAUUUAAAAGUAAACGGGAUUUUAAGGACCCCCAGUAAUAAUGGGAAGAUUUGUGGCUGAGCUGCUUCUGCUCCUGCUCGUUUCUACAGGACAAGUUUAUGCAGUGUCAUUCUACGGCAACAGCUCCAUCCACCUGCAGACAGCAGAAGCCUCCUUUCAAACUUUGCUCCGUAUACAGUUUAGAACUUCUAGUCAACAAGGCCUGUUAUUCCUGGCAGUUGGUCCCAGAGACUUCAUGUUGUUGGAGCUGACCUCUGGGUGCCUGCAGGUACAUGUGGACCUCGGCUCAGGUGAGCGGUCUCUGCGCUUAGAAAGUGACACCAGCCUCAGUGAUUUGCUGUGGCACUCAGUCGAGGUCAUUCACAACCAUCAUCGUGUCUCCAUGACUAUGGACGGACGUUUUCACACUCGAGUCCAUAUGCCGGGACCGGAUUUGGAGCUAAGUGUGGACUCACUUUUUGUUGGCAGUGCACUCGGGCUUAAUCAUCCUCAUCUGGUCAACAUCUCCAGUGGAUUUAGAGGUUGUUUAGAUGAAGCGGUUUUCAAUGAACUAAAUCUGCUGUCCAGUUUGAGGCCUUAUACUGGCUAUGAGAGUGUCCAUGAGGUGUCUCUGGGGUGUAGUCAGCUGUUUUCUGCAACGGAAGAUGAUUCCAUCCAUUUUUUCAGCUCAAACGCAUUUAUCACGCUGCCAACAUGGGAAACGGAACCAGAAGGGGUUUUUGAAUGUAAGCUCCAUCUCUCUGGGAGAGAAGAUGAUGGUUUAGUCCUGUAUAGCGCAAUUCAUCAGGGGGCUGUUGUAUUAGAGAUCAGAGAAGGUCACCUGGUGGCAAUAGUUGCAACCACAGAAGGGCGUAGGACUGAAUUGUAUUCAAAUACAAAACUUCACAGCAACCUCACAUGGUAUCCCAUUCAGCUGCACAUAUUACCCUACAGUGUAGAGCUGAAAGUAGGUGAAGAGCUGCUCCAGGCUAGUCUGAGUCCAGCAUUGGAGCUCAUGCAACUGAAAGGACCACUUUUUCUGGGGGGCUUGGAAGAACAAACUUGGAUUGACGCAAUGCAAACUGGCCUUGUAUCUUCAAAGGCCGACUGGAAGGUAACUGACGGCGGAGGUUCUUUUAGAGGCUGCCUUAGGGAAAUAAAAGUCAACAGUCAAAUAACAGGCCUUCCUCAUGUGAUCAUCUCCAAAGACAUUUCUGUGGGCUGUAAAAUGGGCCAAACAUCAGAUAAUGUGUCCAACAACAUUCCAACACAUAUUCCAGAAUUACAUACUCUGACCGAGAAAGAGAUGGAUGACAGAAACAACUCUACCAUCCUGUUUCUGAGAAGUCUCGAGGUAGCAGAAGGCAGCUGGGCAGUGCUAGAGCCCAAACAUAUAAAGACAGUUUGUCUAAUCUUCCAGGUGAAUCUUGAUUUCACAAAGUUGGGCUUACAUCCAUCUGAGUUUAUGUUCCGCAUUGAGAAGCAGGGAGUCCACGGGAACCUGCAGCUUGACUCCAGCCCUGAAGAUCCGAAAGGAAGGGAGGAGGCUGAUCUAGUUUUUAGCAUGCUUGACCUCUGGCAGGGUCGUGUGGCAUACGUUCACAGUGGCUCUGAAGGACUACAUGACUGCUUCAUGUUCUCCGUCUUUUCAAGCACCAAGGAGAUCCAAGUGUAUCUGAAAGAGUACCAAUUGUACCAGUUUGAUAUCAACAUAAGUCCUGUUAAUGAUGCACCUAUGCUUAGCCUGCCGAAAGGAAAUGUUUUUAUGCUUCUUCAGUAUACAAAACGACAGCUGACAAAAGAUUUGCUGGAUGUAUCAGACCCCGAUAGCAGUGAAGCUGACCUUGUCUUCAGCGCCAUGGGAAACUUUGAAGAGGCCGGCCAUCUUGAACACAUAGAUCAACCCAACAGGGCUGUAAAAGUGUUCUCCCUGCAUGAUUUGGAGGAAGGUAAGAUUAGCUUUGUCCACACAGGUGUCUCCAACUCCAGAAUGGCACUCAGGAUCAGCGACGGUCAAAAGUUCAGCACUACUGUCAUUUUAAGGAUCCAUGCGGUGGAGCUUGCGUACAAUUUGGUGAAUAACACCGGAUUGGAGGUGAACCAGGGUGAAGCAUCUUUCAUCAACACCAAUCAUCUAGCAGUACAAAUUAAUGUGGCUGAUCAGCCAGUGGAAAUUCUUUAUGAUGUCACAGAGCUUCCUCAGUUCGGUGAACUCCAAUGUUUACACUCAAGUGGCAAAUGGAAACCAACAAAAUCUUUCUCUCAAAAGCUUCUGGCAAAAGAACAAAUCAGGUAUCUCAGUACUUUCCGUGGCAUUCAGACUCAGAAUGUCACUGACCAGUUCAAAUGCAAAGUUAGCAUUGGCUCUCUUGCCACAGAGAAGUUUGUGUUUGUCAUUCGGGUACGAUGGAUUCAUUUUAAGGUCACAAGAAGUAAGAUGGAAGUCAAUGGUGUCCUGAAAGUUGUUGUCACGCCUGAAGACCUUCAUGUGAUUACCAAAGGUGUCAAACUCAGUGAAAGUGACCUUUAUUUCAGACUUUUAACGGAACCCAAGAAAGGUCAGCUAUUGCUCAUUGAUAGAGUUCUAAAAAGAGACUCCACUUUCAGCCAAAAGAAUAUCACCGAUGGCUUGGUGACUUAUGAGCUGUUUGCUCAGCUGCCCGAUGACAACAGAGACAUAUGUAGCUUUCAGGCAUUUUCCACCCUCGCCAACUCAACAAGUCACGACUUCAGAAUCCACAUCAGAACUGAGUUAACAGAUUUCACCAUUGUAAACAAAGGCCUUUCAGUCACGGAAGGAGGAAGCGCAAUCAUUACGAAAAGUACUCUCUUCACUCACACAGCAAGCAACCGUGAGGUCCACUACAGUAUUACGGAGCAUCCAAGGCACGGUCAAAUAAGGAGGAACAACCUCUCAAACUCAACGUUACAAAAUGACAACACUGUAGGUUACUUCACCAAUCAAGAUAUUAUUGAAGAAAGGGUAAUGUAUGUACAUGACGACAGCGAGACGAAGCAGGAUUCGUUCACUUUUCAAAUUGUGGUCUACAAACCAACCAAACUCAGUGGCAAAAAGGAGGAAAGAAACACAGCGGAACACAUCGUGAACAUCUCGAUUCAACUCAUCAAUGAUCAGCGACCUGUCAGGGUCAUCGAUAAAGUUUUCCACGUUGCCCGAGAUGGGCAGAGGUUAGUGACUUUGAAUGACCUUUGUUACCAGGACGAUGAUUCAGACUUUGAGGACGACUGGUUGAUAUACACCCGGAGGGGGAUUCCAAUGGGAGAGCUGGUCCAGGCCAGUGCGCCAAAUCAGAAACUCUACGAGUUCACACAGCGAGAUCUUAAGCAGAAAAAGGUGCUGUUUAUGCACAACGGAGUCAGCUUUGGUCGUUUCGUCUUUUUUGUGUCAGAUGGGAAACAUUACGUGUCUACCUUAAUGGAGGUGAAGGCAGAGGAUCCCUACCUUGAAGUGAACAACAACACAGGCCUUGUGGUCCAACGGGGUGGGAUAACAACUCUGACCUCAUGCAACCUCAGCAUUUUCAGUAACCUUGACAUCAGAGAGUCACAGCAAGUCACGUUUGAGGUCUUCCUUCCACCCAAACACGGUGUCCUCCACUUUAAGGGAGCCAAAACUGCAGCAGGUGCUGUUUCAUCAUUCACCCAGAAGGAUCUGGAGAUGGAGUCCUUAGUUUAUCGCCAUGACGGGAGCAAUGAGUUGUCCGAUGGGUUUAAUAUCACAGCAAGGGCGAGGGAGGGAAGCGGGGAGGGGCAGUCUGAUGACUGGAGGAGGGAGGUGCAUCUAGAUAUCGGCGUGCAGAUAAAAAUCUACCUUGAGAGUCAUCAAAAGCCACCAACAGUCAUAAAUAAUCAUCCAGUGGUUGUGGCAGAGGGGCACAAUGUGUCCUUAAACAAGGCCCAUUUAGAGGUGGUCCAUGGGGAGAGCCAGCCUUCAGAGAUAGUCUUUAUAAUCCAAAAGCCACCAACUCUGGGAUGGAUCGAGAGGUUUUCCAAUGAGAAAAAGCGUCGAAUAAAAAAUGGACGACGCCUCUUUCAGGAACUCAAACGGCAGCCAACAGCCUCUUUCACCCAGGAGGACAUUAACAAGGGAUUGGUCAUCUACCAUCAGAGGACUAUGGGAAGCAGCAAUGACUCUGCUCUCUUAGAAGCCACCAAUGGCCUCACCAAGGUUGGACCCAUAAGAUUGGAGAUAGAUAUCAUUCCUUCAUUGCUGCCAUUAAAGGUCUCUGAUCUGAACCUGGAUGAGGGGUCGUCCCUGCCGCUCACACCUGACAUCAUCACGAUAGACAGUCAUCAUUUCUCAGGGCUGAAUUUCCUCUAUCAGAUUGUUAUACCUCCACGACACGGACACUUGGAGCACAGUCGGAUUCCAGGAAUGCCGAUCAGUGCAUUCACGCACACUGAGGUGGAACGAGAGUACAUUUCCUAUAUCCACGAUGGCAGUGACACAGUGAGAGACAACUUCACCAUCAUGGCUAAUCUCACAGAGCACCAGAAGCACAGUCUGCCCUGUACCAUCCACAUCAAUGUCACACCUGUCAAUGAUGAGACACCUGUUGUUACAAACAACCAAGGUCUGAAGGUUUGGGUGGGUUCUGUGACAGAAAUCUCUGCGGACGCGCUAAGUGCAGAGGAUUUAGACACUCCACCCGAGUCGCUUGAGUUUAUCGUCACACCACCCAGUAAUGGUUUCCUGGCUCUCAGGAGUUCCUCUUCGAGACACAUCCUGAACUUCACGCAGAGUCACAUUGCAAAAGGCCAGCUGGUCUUUGUGCACAGCGGUGAUCUGUCUGGUGGUUUCCACUUUCAAGUUAAUGACGGUGUGAAUUUUGCUCCUCGCCAGAUCUUCCGCACUACAGCUCAUUCUCUUGUUCUUACACUCCAAAGAAACCAUCCAAUUGAGGUGUACCCAGGUUCAUUGACGCCAAUUUCUGAGCAGGAGCUUCAGGUGCUGACAAACGACCCCACUGACCUCAGAAGAAACCAGACUGUCACGUUUACCGUGACCGUUCCUCCAAACCUUGGCCGCUUGGUCUGUCACAUGUCAGACAACUCUACUCAAGACAUUUCUACAUUUACACAGAGCAUGGUGAAUUCAGGUGUAAUCCUCUAUGAUCAGAACAAGCCAGAGUCGGUGGGAUGGCUGGCCUCAGAUACAUUUUCUUUUACUGUGUCUUCUCCUCCGGCCUUCCUCCCACCAACCACCUUCACAAUACUGAUCUCCUAUGAGGCAAACAAACAUCGUCAUCAUCAAUACAACACCAAACUCUCCAACAACGCAGGUGCUGUGGUGUCAGAGGGGGGCAGGGUUACAAUUGACCAAUCUAAACUCGAUGCUUCUAAUCUCCUGGGGAAAGUGCCGACGCCACUACAGAAAGAUCACCAUGUCGUUUAUCAUGUGAUUUCCCUGCCACACCACGGCACUUUGUCUAUCCAAGGAUGUAACCUUACCAGUGACCAGCCGGAUUUCUCUCAGAUCACAUUAAACAAAUUUGGCAUCACAUACAUCCACGAUGACUCUGAAACCACUAGUGACAGCUUCACUUUUAAAGCCUGGGUGGCUCCCAUGGACACCCACUCACCUUCAUCCCCAUCUCACAUGUCUGCUUUUUCCAUGGAUUCUUCCUCAUCGCUGUUUUACUCAACCGCAUCCUCCCUUUCAUCAGUGGACUUGAUGUCUUUUGACUAUGUCAAGGACAGCCUGCCCGUGACAGAGACUUUUAACAUCACGGUGAUGCCUGUCAACGACCAACCGCCGCUGAUCAGGAACAGAUCUCCUAGUAUGAAGGUUGUGGUUGGAGAGAGAGUAAUUCUUGGACCGGACAACCUGCAGGUUGAAGAUCAUGACACCCCUCCAGAGGAGCUGCAUUACCUUGUGAUCAGUAAGCCUAACAACGGCUACCUGACGCUUGGCGAAAGACCAGAACCAGUCACGUCUUUCACCCAGUACGACGUUAACCACAGCCGGCUGCAUUUUAUACAGCAGGGGGAACCUUCAACUGGAGUUUUCUACUUCAACGUCACUGAUGGUCAUCAUCGUCCACUGUACAAACGCUUUAGUUUGGAGGUGAUUAAGCCCUUUGUCUCCAUUGUGAACAACACUGGCCUGUCAUUGGUACAAGGAAGGACUGCAGUGAUCUUGACAACUAACCAACUCGCAGCUCAAACAAACAGUCGUACCCAAGCUAACAUCACCUACACUGUUACCACACACCCUCGUCAUGGACGCAUUGCCAUAAACGACCAGGAAGUCAUGACCUUCUUCCAUGAGGAUCUCCAACAUGGCCGUGUCGUCUACCACAUGACUGAUCUCAGCGAAUCGGAAGACAGUUUUCAAAUCUCAGUAUCAGCCUCGGCACCAGGUGUCGAGUUUGGAAACGUGACUGCACAAACGGUAAAGGUAAUCGUGCGGCCGCUCAUCUAUCUGCGAGAACCAGUGAGAGUCCCUAGUGGCAUUGCUGUGAAACUGGGAAAAGCUAUGAUGGACGCUUCCGAACUGGCGAGAAUCAGCAGAGUCAAUCCGGUCUUUGAGGUUCUAUCUCCACCAAAACAUGGAAAACUUGUCAAGAUGACUUAUGACCCCAAAGGCGCCCCAGAAGUCCUGAAGUCCUUUACUUUCCGUGAUGUGGUGCAAGGACGCGUUGCAAUCGAGGAGACGCUGAGCGACAGUGAUAGUCAACCUCUGAGUAACAAAUCCUUACCAACGACGACUCUAGGCCACGCCCCCGCAACGCCUCGCAACGAUUCUUUCGUCUUCCUGCUGAAGGCUGGAAACGUCCAGCCAGCUAAAGGUGAGCUUCACUUUACCAUCUUACCUCACCACCACAUGCAUCACAGGCCUACUGGCUCGAAAAAAUCGGAUGGUGCGAGUAGUGAACACAAGACGACACGGAACAAGACCACUACGGAAGCGGGAAGAGGAGGGGGGCGAAAGGGGGUCCCCACAUCCAACAGGGUGGAAGUGGAUUUGCACCCUCACAUUCUGACACAUAAGAACCACAAUAAGACACACCAUAAGCAGAGAUCUCACCACCGUGUGGCUAACCACACUCGCAGUGGGGUUCAUGGCAGCAGGUCAGGGAGUGGUGUGGAAGGACCAAUGUGGGGGGGUGGAUCACCCCCGCAGCCUCGCCCCCACGCUGAGCCAGAACAAGGUCCGGCAAAGCCUCCUGAUACACGUCCAAUUCACGUUGAGGUUCUCCCUCGACCCGCCUCGGACCCGUUGCUUAUUAUCCUGCCUCUGCUGGCCUGUUUGCUCCUCAUCGUCAUCCUUGUGGUGUUGAUCCUGGUUUUCCGACACCGAAAAGAGAAGCAAGCCAGGAUGCGUCUCCUUCAGGAGCUCGCUGCAGUUCAUUUACCUUCUGAGGGCAGCCCAUUCUUGGGCAGACCAGAGCGAAGCAUGGCCGCACCGUCUGUGAUGGUCACCCCGCUCACUGCGGCCAGCUGUCCCACCUCACCGAGGGCACCGGAAGGCCCCAGGAGGCGGAGUCUGGCACCAGGUAUGACCUUCUGGGGGCCAUUUGAUACUGAGGCUACGAGCAGUGAAGAGAAUAUGAGACAUUAUGAAACUAACACAAGGGAGAAAGUUAUUGGUAGAAGUUCAUUACCAGCCAUCUCUGUAGAAUUCAAGACCUCUCACAGAUCCAAAUCUCCCAUUGCAACGCUUAAAGACAACCAGUAUUGGGUUUAAUUCAAAUACAUUUUUCCGUAUAUUUACAUUUUGUUAUUCUUGAAUUAACCUAUUAGCAUAUUUGAAGGAUCGCUUUUCCUUCUAUUUCCUAAUAAAAAUACGUAUUUGCUGUAUAAGUGCUGAAGCCAGUAUUGUCUAAUAAAAAUGACGUGAAGGCCUGUCAAGUCAACACACAAGUAGUUGUUAAUUUUUAUUAAGUCCUACUUCUCCGUCAUUUGUAAACCAAUUGUCUUGAAGCUUGCUAGCAAUGUAGCAGGAACCAGUAUCUAUCGAUCCUCAGAGAACAUUUAAAGGGAACCUCGGACUUAAAGACUUGUAGGCUCUAAUAAGCCACAAUUGUUCUCUUUUACUAAAAUAAGUUAUUAGAAACACAUAAAAUAUUGCCAUUGAUUUAAAAAUAUAAUAUUUAGUACAUGUUUUGACCUACGGAGGGCACCAUGUUUUUAUAUGUGCAAUGGACGCUCUGGGUGAGGACGUAGAUUGUCACUAUCACUCGACGAAUACUACCGGGUUACUGUAAUUCCUUCUAUGCGGCGAGACGUCCAACACAUGCGCUCGUUGGUUAAAAGCGGCGAGUACUUACUAAUUGUGUUUUUAUUAAGUCUUUUAUUACCUUUUCAUUGCCUCAAUAUACUUUUUGCAGGUGUUUCCCUCUCAUACUUUUAAGCAUUUGGUUUUCUUGUGGUAGUUUUAAAGCAGAUUGUUGAUCUGUUGACCAUAUUUGUCUCGUAGCAUAUUUAGACCACCCUUUUUGAUAUUACUAAGUACUUUCUGCAUGUUCUGUCUGUAUGCAUCCAAACGCAACAAGCUGAAAGCGCAUGGUAGUACUUUGGGUGUCAUAUUCGCCUCUUGUAGGAUGUUUCGCUGGUGUAGCACAUUUUGGCAGAACACUGUUUUUUUCCUACUCUCGUCUCGUCUCAUCCAGUCUUUCUUGUUCAUUUUUAUUUUGCUGGUCGUUUUGUCAAGUAUCGACAGUGCUGUCAUGCUCAUUGAUGUUCCUCUCGUGUUCAAAUUGAAAGGGUUGAACAGAUAUGAUAUGUUUAUGAUGCUGUCAUAAACAGCGUAACCAUGUGACGUCACCGCCCUGCGACGUCAACAACAAUUGCAACCUACUAGUUAAACUAAUUUUACAAAUUGCAUAAAAACGAAAACAUCAAGAGGGGUUUCAAUAUCAAAUUAUUUUAAUUCAUAAUAAUGUUCAUCUUUUAAGAACUACAAGUCUUUCUAUCAGUGUAUCCCUUUAACAUUUUUUUUUUUUUUUUUUUAAUUUAUCAGGGCUGAUUUAUUAAUUGCAGAUUUAUUGUUACUUAGUUUAUGAGUUAGCCAGUAGAGGGCAUGCACGCUUGUCAUCACAACCUUCAGACUGCUGUGUGCUGUAGCAGAAUUGUGAUACGAGCACUUCAUUUCGUCGGGCUCUAGCACUUUUGAUUGGAAAAAUGCCAGUAUUUUGUGUCAUAUGUAGGCAAUUGUACAUAAUUGUAGGGCGGGUGGGUCAAUUACUCACAGGGUUUUAAUCUUCCACGGUACUCCACCAUGAAGGACAAAACAAUGCUUUACUGUAAGUAAACAAGCACUAAUGUGCUGCUACAGGCUAAGGGCUGUGAUCAGUUCACAUCGAUUUGAUACCAAACUCGACCAUUUUUUUAAGACUUUGAAAAUUAAUUGGAUUUUAAUUAAAAUAACAUGGAUACAAAUUUAAAAAUCGGGCUCCGAGCAUUAUUGCAGCUAUCAUUCCAGUAUAUACAUAAUGAAGUUUCAGAUCAAUCCAUCCAUUAUUAAGGGAGGAAUGAGCCUCAUAAAAUGGAUAAUUAUUUAAUGAAAUGCUAAUUAAUCAGUGAAAUUGGGUUCCGAGGCUUGAUAGAAUAUCUGGUUCAAAUUUCAAUAGGAUCUGAUGCGAAUUAACUGAAAAAUAGACAUCGUUUCCUAUGGUUUAAUUAAGUAUUAAUUAAUCAGGAGGAAACUCUGUAAUAUUUGAAUGGGCAUUGAGCCAUGGAAUACUGCAUACCUUCCGAAUUUCAUCCAGAUAUGUGUACGACUAAAGGAGGAAUAGAUAAAAAUGAUAGUGUACACACUAACACAAAAAACGACUACAACAACAUGAGUGGGAACUUGACAGGCCGUCAGCCUGUAAAAAUAAACAGUGCCUUAGAAUUGUACACUAUGCGCUGUUAAAUGAGACACACUUAAUUUUAUUUUUUCAUGUUCCUUUAGUCACACUUUAUUUAAAAACAUACGGUAUCCUCACCUAACAAAAUAAAACCCAUCCCUAGUUCUCAGGUUCAUAGAACUGUAUUGCAUCAUACUUAGGCGUUUAAUAUUUUCAAACCAUCAAUCCAAUCCUUUUAGGGCUUGUCUUAUUACAUCACCAGGCAUAACAUUUUCCUCUCAUGAAAUUUUAAUAAGCUAACAAAAUAUUGCAAACAGCUCUCAGUACAGCGUGAUUCAAUAUGAUUAUCCACCAUCGUAAACCAAGCCAAAGCCAGAAUACUUAAAUGGUAUUAUACUUGUAUAGCGCUUUUCCACCUUUCAAGGUGCUCAAAGCGCUUUACACUACACUGCCAUCUACCUUCUGGUGACGCAGCACCAGGAGCGAUGUGGGGUUCAGUAUCUUGCUCAAGGAUACAUAGGCGAGUUCAUCAGGGCAGAGAAUCAAACCCACAACCUCUGGGUUGGGGGACAACUACUCUACCACUGAGCCACGCCAUCCCCAAUGAAGAAACUGUAUAACACAGCAAGUUUUGUUCUCAAGCAGGAUGUUUUAGUUUACACUGUAGUGCAUUGUGACCCCUGUCAAAAUAGCUAUUUGUUCAGUCUGGUAAAGUCAUUCCAUUUAUUCUGAAUACCAAUUAUGCUCAGUGGGAAAACAUAGAUAUUGAGGCUAAAUGCUUUCUGUACAUUGCUAAAAUAGUCCUAAUUAAUGCAGUAAUGUGAAAAGUGUUUUUCUAAUCUACUUUAAAUUCAGUAAAUUUACAAACUAAUGCUUUUUCUGGUUUUAUGUUUGACAAGAUCUCAUGUGAAAACCCUUUGCUUGUUUAUAAUGCACGGUGAAAUGUUUUUCCCUCAGUUUCUUUUAAUGCCUGCAUCUAUUACUGUGUGCUGUAAAAGAUUUAUUUUUCAAUAAAAAUAUAUUUUUAGAAAUAAACGUGCAUGCUAAUUUAUAUGUAAUUACUCUAUAUUGGUUUGUUUAUUAGCGUCCCUAAGCCCCUUAAACAACAUUUAAUUCUUCAUCAGUCAUUUUUAAUUACACUUUAUAUGCUUAGUAAAAUCAGCAGAGCUAUUUUAGACUUACUCCAGACAUAGAUACACUAUACUCCAGACAAAGGUAUUGGAUUUUUUGGCCAGUUUUUGCAUUACAGGAAAAGUGACUUUAAUUUAUUGGAUGCAAUUGAUGAGAUAGAAGCACAAUCCAUUUGAACUGGGAGGGAUGUCAGCGAAUGUACUAAUGUCCUCACAGUUCGAAUGGAUUGGAUGUGUAAUAGUGACAAAUUAAUUUAAAUUCACAGCAGAAAGAUGAAGAGCAACAAAAUUGGACGCCUAUCAAUAUCAGUGGCAGUGAUAGAGUUGCUUAAGUUUAAAUUAUUCUGUAACUGCGAAAUCAUGAACUGUAAAAUUAUCAAGUUUUUUUAAGCUGACUUUGCAAGAAAAUGUUUCUGUAAGCGAGACGUUCUAAUUUUGGCUUCACCAUGAUGUCACAAUUGACAAGUUCAUUUUUUUGUGGCUUGGCGAUAAACCAUUGUCUGCACAAGUGAAAAUACAAGGGAAACCAUUACUUUCUUUAUGGGUAGCCACUAGAAACACACAAGCUCUGCCCUGAUUGCUGUAGUAAGGCCAACCCACACUUGCACACUGCAGCUGAGGGGAAGGCGGGAUGAGUAGUAGCUAUUGGCAUUAAAACAACACUAGGUAACUUUGCAGUUUUGGUCGAUUUUGGGGACGCUGACGGACAAAAGCGGUAGUGUUUUGCCUUAAGGAAGACUGGGUCUCCUAUGAGGACUAGCGCACACCCACACUGUGUUGUAAAAUCAUGAUCUCCCUGUCGCCUGCUGAUGGAGUAAGUGACAUUUCUGUUUCCAGCAGCUGUGUGAAGGAUGAAUAGUAAUAAGGUAAUGAAUUCAGUUGUGGCUAAACAAUAGCAAAUGACGGUUAGCAACCGUGUGGCCUAUUGUCAAGUAUCCUGGUAGCCUCCCUUUUUUUUUCCUCCUCAAGACAAAACAUUUUGUCUCUUUUGUUGCUCUGUCAUCUUUGCAGACUUUGCGCAAAAGCGUUCGCAUCGACUUCCGUCUUUAUAAUAAAUGUGGAAAGGGGGAAGUGACGUAUUCCAUAAAGCAGUGUUGUUUUUGGCUGAAUUUUUAAUUUUCAUCUUCGUCCUAGUCUUUUGGACGAUAAUACUUAUUAGUAUUAGUCAUAUUUUAGUCAUUUCAACAUAUGUUUGUCUUAUUAUAGUUUUUGCUGACGGAAACUAAUUUCGUCUGGUUUUAGUCGACGUAUACUCAAUAUUUUUGUCUGUAAAAUUAGAAAAUUUCAUCACAAAAAUAAAGAUUUACAAGUUCCAACUAGUUUGAAUGUACACUGACAGAUGAGCACAUAUCGUAGCAUCUACAAAUCUACACUCAACAGGAAAACAGUACAUUAUUUUCAAUUAAUUAUAUCCACGUGGACGCCACGAACUGUAUGUGAAAAAUGUUGUCUGAGAGUUUAACAGGAUGCUUGCCAUUAGCAAUAACCUAAUGCUAACAGAAACAUGAAUGCUAUGCUAACGCUACAAGAUUCAUUUAGUGCAUUUAGUGUGUGACGAUCACUCAGCACAGUCCUUUAAAGGCUAAAGCAACAUUGCAUAUUCUCUCUAAGAGAACAAAUCUUACCGUGUGUGUUUCAUAACA